AGAGGAGUAAACUGCCGCUUUCUACAAGUGUUUGCAACAGCUGCUUUAUUUUCUGAAGGAGUGACCAUCAAAGAGCCUUAUGAACAACUCAGAUCUUCUAUCACCAAAGUUCUUGUCCUCGGAUCUGGAAAAUUCCACCAUCCAGAAACAGAGAAAAGAACUGCAGUUGCUGAUCGCUGAGCUGAAGGAUCGAGAUAAGGAGCUCAAUGAUAUUGUAUCACUGCAACAAAGGCAGCUGCUGGCUUGGCAAAAUGAUCGCCCAAAAAUUCUCACACUGGAGCAAAAGUGUGCCAGACUAGAAAGUGAUCUGCAGAAAAGGAACAACAUAAUCAAAUCAUUAACCAAGAGGAUACAAUUUUUGGAAGAACAGCACCAGGAUCGCAGGACAAACUUGGAAAACACCCAGCAGCAACUUCAGGAGCUCUCUCUCGUAGCAACAGAAGCCAAUAAUCAUUGCCAUGACUUAGAGGAAAAAAAUCGACGCUUGAGUGAAUCGGUUUUGGAGUUGUCAGCACAAGUUGGGCAACUACAGGCCCGAGAACAAGAGCUUUCCACUUUACUAAAGUUGAAGGAUGCAGACAUUAUAGAAGCAACCGAACACAUCAGAGAGUUUACAUCUCGAUUUAAGGAUUUAGAUGCAGAAUUGCGCAAGACCAGACGUAGGGAAACUACGAUUUCAAGGGAAGCACAAGAUCUUACGCCCAAGCUAAAGGGGUUGAAGACCGAAGUUCAUGAUCUAAAAGAUGACCUGAGUCAGAAGACGGUGGAGAACAAUGAGCAGAGGGAAGAGAUUAUCCGCCUAAAACAGGAAAGUGCCUACUUACAGGCUGAGCUGGUCUUUGCAGCUGAAAGAGAAAAGCGAAAAGAUCAGCUUCUUCAAUUGGCAAAAUCCAAAAAAGACAGAACAGACAUAGAACUGCAAAACCUGCGGCAGAUAUACAUGAAGCAGCAACACGAUUUACAAUUUCUUCAUGUGAAUUUGGAGGCAAAUGAUAAAGCACAGGCAGAUGCGGAUGUCAGUGGUCCACUGAACCUCAGUUCCUUGGUCUCUGAUGAAAGAGAUGAGUUCCUUGGAAGCUGUCAAAGCCUCCGUUUCAACUUAUUAGACCUGAAGCCUCCAUUGAUGCAAUCAAGCCUAAGAGACUCGGGACCUUUAAAAUGGCAACAAAAUGUGUGCUCCCCAACAAUGAAACUGCAGCGUUUGUUAGUGGAAUCUCGACAACUUGUUGCAGAUAUUGAACUCAGCAGUCUGCUUUCUACUCCGGACUGCACCUCAAGCCAAGUGUACAUUGCAGAACGGCUGCAACAACCAAAUAUCCAAAAGAAUGACAAUAUUGACACCAAACAUAAGAACUCUGAUAGUACAUGUUCUAGCCAUGUGAGACACCGCUCCGCCUGUCCCAUGCACCGUCCGGGACACCCACUUAGCAGAGCUGUGCUCUAUGUCAAUAUUUGUCCAGGUGACACCAGCCGCCCCCGCUGCGUCAUGACGCCACAGCUCGUCUAG